UUUGUUUGUCAUUGAAAUCUAACAAUCAACAGUCCAGUUUUAUUUUGUGUUUUGCACAUAGCUCCCAGUUCUUAGAACCGAUUUUAGUGAUAGCACAGAUUUAUACAGUAGUAGAAACACACGAAUCGGAAAUAUGCCCAACUUUAAUGGGGCUAUUAUAGUGCACACGCUUCAGUUGCUGAAAUCACCGGCGACACUGCGAGAAAUAUUGGUGACCAUAGCCAAAAACACGGAAUUGACGCAAGAUGAGCUAAAAACGCCUGUAAAACAAACCCUAGAAAUGGGCCAUCGCUUGGGAUUCCUGCAGAAACUGGAUGGUCGCUACUUCCUGGUCCAUAUGACCUUCGAUGCACUGAUGUCUGAGAUGGACGCCCUUGACAAAGAAGAAUCUUCCAAGAAGUCGAAGACACCCAAAAAGAUAAAGAAAUAUAUACCCAAGACUCCUUUAACGUCGGUGACUGAAAAGAAAAUUUGUAAGAAGCCCAGUCAAGUCAAGACUUCGGAACAGCUGGAAAAACCAAAACCAACUGAAAAAGGCCGACUGCAGGACAUUCCUAAUUCAUCCACGGCCUUAAAACAAACGUCCUCCAAGAUAACUAAACGAACUGUUUUUAAGUAGAAAAUGCAACAGAAUAUUGUAAAUAUCGCAGAACCCAUGCUAAGCAUAUAUAUAUAAUUGUUAUAGGAUAAAUUUCUUUGUAAUAUUCGGCCUAUAAUGAGGAAAAGUAUUAAAUUCUUUUAAAAAUA